UCAGUGCGUGCGCAUGGCCCGGAUGUAGCGCCUUUCUCUAGCAGACCGCAGCCGCGCGAGGCCGACUGACGCCGAGGGGAGCAAGCGAGCGGCGGGAACGCAAUUCUUCACCGAAGUGCCUUCCCAACCCAUGACCUCAACAUCCAGAAGGACUAAGGCUUCACCCAAAGCCAUGUUGGAUUUCAGAGUUUAAAUGUCUGAAACACGAGUCAUGACAACUGAAUCAUCCAUUCCUGGCAAAACCAAGACUCACGUUCCUGCUCAUCAAAACUAUUUCUGGCUCCGCUCUUUCAUAGCAGGAGGUGUUGCAGGAUGCUGUGCAAAGUCAACAAUCGCCCCAUUGGACAGAGUGAAGAUUUUACUACAGGCGCACAAUCCUCACUAUAAUCACCUUGGAGAUGAAGAGAGACAAUGGAGAGAGCUGGUCGAAGGAUUCGACCUGGUGGGGGAACUGUGAUUUGGUGGAGCAAGGUGCUGGGGUCUACUGAGGAUCGGUGAAUAUGUGUGACUUUUGGAAGAUAAUGACUUCAAUGGGUGGAGCACAGCAGCCAGGUUUGGUGGGAACUUGUAGUAAUUGCCAGAUUCUAAAAAGGACCCCAACUGUGAUGUCCUUUGGCCUUGGGACAUCCCCCACACAGUGAUUGGUUCCGGGACCCCUCGCAGAUGCUCAAGUCCCUUAUUCUACCUGUCUCAAUGCAGUGGAUAUUAGGAACCGGCACCAGAGCUCUGAAUACGCAGUGUUUCUGUCCACAAAAAUAAUCACGAUCACAAUUGAAAAUAAAGUGGAAAUAAUAAAGCGUUUGGAAAGAGGAGUUUUCUCUACUCUCUGUGCUGUACCAAAGAAAGAAGGCUUUCUUGGAUUGUACAAAGGUAAUGGAGCAAUGAUGGUCAGGAUCUUUCCAUAUGGUGCCAUUCAAUUCACAGCCUUCGACAGAUACAGAAAGAUUUUAAUCAGCAAACUAGGUAUUGCUGGACAUGUUCACCGAUUAAUGGCUGGAUCCAUGGCAGGGAUUACUGCUGUAAUAUGCACUUAUCCACUGGACAUGAUUCGAGCACGUCUGGCAUUUCAGGUCAAAGGGGAGCACAAAUACACUGGAAUCAUUGAUGCUUUCAGAGUUAUUUAUACACAGGAAGGAGGAUUUCGAGGGUUUUAUAGAGGCCUAACUCCUACUAUCAUUGGCAUGGCUCCUUAUGCAGGAAUUUCCUUCUUCACAUUUGGCACGUUGAAGAGCAUUGGACUCAGCCAUGCCCCUGAGUUGCUAGGAAAACCUUCUUCUGAUAAUCCCAAUGUUUUGGUAUUAAAACCCCAUGUGAAUUUGGUGUGUGGUGGAACAGCAGGAGCGAUUGCUCAAACAGUAUCAUAUCCACUAGAUGUGGCUCGACGGCGAAUGCAGUUAGGCUCCAUUUUGACUGAGUCUGAAAAAUAUGUAACAAUGUGCAAGACCCUGAGGUAUGUCUACAAGGAACAUGGUAUACGGAAGGGCCUAUACCGGGGGCUUUCUCUAAAUUAUAUUCGCUGUAUCCCAUCUCAGGCCGUGGCAUUUACUACCUAUGAAAUAAUGAGACAAAUUCUUCAUCUGAACUAAGGACGUUGCAAGACUGACUUCAUCAUCACAACCCUGUAUGUCAGUGAUGAAAUUACUUCCCUGUGAGGACUGUUCUAACCAUACGUGGAGACUAAAAUUCAAUGUAUUUAAUUAAGUGAUUGUGAUUAGGGUUGAUAAUCAUCAGUGUGCUUUGACCAAAAUUUUACUUUGGCAGUUCUCCAAAGUUACGCCAUUGGUUCUUCUAUCCCAAUCCAAGAAAGGAGAUAGAUCUUGAUUAAACUAUCAUCUGAUGGAUGUCAUCUUUGACUGUGCUGCACUGUCAUGUACUACAAUGAAGUGUCAGCAAAGACUGUUGAAUUUGAUUCUCUUGUGGAGCUGAAAUUCAGCCUCUCAAACAAUUGGCUAUAUCUCUUGACCCAGUUGUGAAUCGGCUCCAUACUUACGUUUGGAACAUGUAACUGAGAUAUGACAAUCAGAUCUGGCAGAAGCUGCUGUAUUCAACUCAGAGGGAGCACUCCUUUAAGCCACCUUGAGGAAAAGAUCUGCUGUAUAUACUGAUUUCAGAUUUCACUGCAUUUGUGGACAAAUCAUUGACUUGGAAAGUACAGCUCAAGCUGUUUGACAUAAAAUGAAGUAUUCAUGAAAUGGUCACUUUGGACAAUGCUGUGCCCAUUGCCUCCAUCAACAGAUAAUUGAGGAAAAACUAUGACUUCAGUAUAAAAUCUAGGAGUACCUUACACUAGGUUUGGAAAUAAGAUGGCAGUUAAAAAGUCCGCAAUAUAUCUCAUCAUUGCCUAGGUACAAGAUUGGCGCGGAAUCUGGCACAAAACUCUUAUGCAUGUUUAAUACACCAAGGUCACAGAAUUCUGUUUCUACCUAUUUAUUCAUUGUAAUCUUCAGCUGCAGUAAAUCCUUGUCAGUGUUUGUGGAAA